AUGGACGCACUCCUGGCAAGACUUGGUGUGCAGGCUGUCAAUUAUGCCAUAAGAUCUGGCAUCGCCAUCACCUCGACUUAUGCUGUUCAGCAGUGCUCUAGACUGCUUAAGACGGUCGAUGACAAGGGUCUCCACACAGAACUCAAGACCCUGCAGAAACUCUUGAAUAGUAAGAUCAAGAUCAUAUCUCCUGCAAUUGACUUGAUCGAAUUCAAGUCCGGCCGUGGUAAUGUCUUCCUCGAGUCAGCCGUCCCCUUAGCCAAGUCACUACAUCGAGAUAUUGUGGCUCUCGGCAAGCGGCUGGAGAAUGCAGCAGCCGAAGAGGAAGACUCUCGCUUGGGUGGCGGCAAAGCCCGCAGUCCUGAGCUGCAUCUCUCCGGGCUGAUGCUCAUCAUCAGUGAUAUCAAGAGCUUGUUAGCCCGGAUCGACCGAGACAUACCCCUGAUACAGCUCGCCAUCACUGCCUCAGGCGAAAGCCUCUCCACGUCUCUGCCUCCAGGCGUGUCUCCAUCUCGGCUUCUACAGGCGAGUACAUUUCUCAUCGUCGGGGACACCCAGUUUGCCAAUGAUACCGCGAGAUCGGUGCAGAUCGGCCCAUCCUUCACGCUCUCUCUAUACAUGCUUUUCGUUGGCCAUAGUGCACCGGCUGGGGCGGGCCGGGUCAAUCAACAAGGCCCGCCAGCCACCCCUGAGCACCCCGGUCUGGGAGCACAGGGGCGAGAGGAGCCAUAUGGUCUCGGAGAGGGCGAGAGAAAGCCGACGUGGCAAGAAGUGAUGCACAAGGCUCGAGUACGGCUCUGCCGGACACCGCUGCAUUGGAGUUUCGACCCGGAGCUUGGAUAUUGUCCAGGUUUGCCGUCAGGCGUCGGUUCCGAUGUGGCACGGCCUUCCGAGCACAGUAACUCUGCUCUAGGAAGGCCGGAUGAGUUUUCCUACCAUAUAGAGAUAAUCGAGGACCUCGACGACGGGCGUCUGCACGAAGAAGACGGCAUAAAGCCCUCUCCAUUUGAUGAUAUCCCGAUGGUUGGCAUACGGGAAUCAAUACCGGUCUAUCAGAUAUCCAAGAUCUUCUACACGGACACUGGGAGGAUUCUUAAUAUUGGGAAUUCACUUGACGGAGAUAACAAUCCGGUCUUACUCUUGAAGAGAGACAUCAACGCGCCAUCCCCGACCCGGCUUAGGGAAGAAUGGGAUAAGGACUCUGUGGACCUGCAAACAGGCGAGAGCCCAGAGCCCAGCAUACUUGGCUCCGACGAUCAGGCCGAGAUUGACCGGCAACUGCGAGAGGAGACUGGGUUGCCCAACAGGGGAAAUGAUGACGAGGCCCAACGCACCCGAUCGAGAUGGCGUCUUCCACAACACGUGGAUCCAGAGUGGCUAGCGUUGGAGAUAUACACUGAAGACGACGAUGAGAAGGACGACAACGACGACGAUGAUGACGAGGUAUCGGACAUUGACGGCGACGUUGACGAGCCAAAUAAACAGCUUGCAAUGAUGCGACCUGGUCUCGGGAGAGAUCGGUCCUCAGUGGACUCCAACCUUCUCGCGCAGAUUCGCAACAUCAGCAUCCGAUCAUCGCCAGGAACUCCGUCGCGACCGUCUUCCAGAGACGUGGACAAGGUCCCGGCCGACAGUCCAGAGUCCUUCGUCGCAAGGUCGCCUUUUGGGGCCAUCACUUCGUCGCUGUCUCUCAUGGAGAUGCUGAUACGGCUCGCCAGUCUGCAGGAAUUCCAGCAGACCACUCACUUGGCCAUCCCGGACCACAUCCUGACGUUCUUCCUGGAGGAGACAUCGACUACUGGCUUACGGGGAGAGGAGCGGUGGAGAUCUCGGAACGAGGCGAAGCGAAGAGUUGGAUUUGACCCAAAGCCCGGCGCCAGCUUCGUAUUUGAACCCAAGAACAACCUUGCCUCGACGGAAACGCCAGUCUUUCCCAAGUCACCCAAUAAACAAGGCACGAAAUCAAAGAGGGAACUCCGUCAGAGUUUCUAUGACUUGCUUCGAUCGACCACUCUUACCUUACCGCCGACCAAACCCACAGUUCUAGGCGGGAUGCCACUCUCACGGACUCCGUCCUUCGGGGACGAUGAUUUGAAGAUCAUUGGGUCGCAGUCUGCCAGCCAAUCGCUCCAACCGAUCGAGAAUCUCAACUCGGAGAUCGUCGACCUGUCUGACAGCCCCGCCACGAAGCCGGCUGCAACGGCGGUUCCCACGUUUGGCCGCCCGACCCAGCUGCACUCGCCGUUCCAGCGCAAGGAGGCGAACGUGUUCAUCAAGCCGAAAAACCGCCCAGAGCACCACCGAGAUCUGUACCGGACCAAAGGGCCCCUCGCCCCGAAGUACCAGGAUAAGAAGGCAGCUCCGAUUCCAAUGUUCAGCUCCAUGGGCGAGACUGCUCAGCCCCCGGUACAAUAUGCCCAACCUGCCAGCUCGCACUACGACCACGUAAUCUACACGGACCCAAACAAGGCGUCUGCUGAUCUCAAGGCCCUCCUGGAAGGGGGCAUGGACGAAGAUGAGGACGACGAGGAGAAGGAGAAGGUCGACGACGGCACAAUGGCUGGCAUCAAGGUCAAAUUGCUCCCCCACCAGAUCGAGGGCGUCGAAUGGAUGCGCGGCCGCGAGCUUGGGCCCAUCAAGAGGGGGAAGCUCCCGAAAGGCGGUAUCCUCGCCGACGACAUGGGACUGGGGAAGACUCUCCAGAGCAUUUCCCUGAUCCUCAGCAACCCCAUGCCCAACGGACCGGACCGUCCCGGCUGGAAGAAGCACUUCGAACACAUCAAGCGAGCCACCCUCGUUGUCGCGCCGCUGGCUCUCAUAAGACAGUGGGAAGCAGAGAUCAAGGAGCGGGUCGAGAAGACCCACGCGCUCAAGGUCUAUGUGCACCAUGGUCCUCAGAGGACCAAGUCCGCCAAGGAACUCGCCCGGUACGACGUGGUCAUUACGACAUACCAGAUCCUGGUGUCGGAGCAUGGCCAUAGUAGCCCAGAUCCGGAUAGCCAUCAGGCAGGCUGUUUCGGGGUCCAUUGGUACCGCGUCAUCCUGGACGAGGCGCACAGCAUCAAGAACCGCAACGCGAAGGCGACCAAGGCUGCGUGCGCGCUGCGUGCCGAGUACCGCUGGUGUUUGACGGGGACGCCGAUGCAGAACAACCUGGACGAGCUGCAAUCGCUCGUCCAUUUCCUCCGGAUCCAGCCAUACGACGAUCUGGCCGAGUGGAGAGCGAACAUUGACGGGCCAAUGAAGAACGGGAGGGGUCACAUCGCCAUACGACGCCUGCACACUCUGCUCCGGUGCUUCAUGAAACGCCGCACCAAGGACAUCUUGAAGGAGGAGGGCGCGCUGGUCGCGGGCGGGAAGAAGGCGCUUGAUGCUGCGGCUGCAAAGGCCAAGAAGGAGGGCAAGGCGCUGGAGGAGCCAAAGGCAGCCUUCAAGGUCACGGAGCGCAAGGUCGUCACCGUGUCUGCCGAGUUCUCGCCCGCCGAGAGGGAGUUCUACAACAGGCUCGCCGAGAGGGCCGACAAGAGCCUUGAGAAGAUGAUGAAGGGGAAGGUCAACUACGCCAACGCCCUGGUCCUGCUCCUCCGCCUCCGGCAGGCCUGCAACCAUCCCCGGCUGGCCGAGACCAAGCUGGAGAAGGACAAGGAUGCCUUGACCACGGACACGGCGAGCCAGCAGCCGAAGAGCGCCGAUGCCGAUCUGGAUGCCCUGGCAGACGCCUUUGGCGGCAUGGGAAUCCAGACAAAGCAGUGCGACAUGUGCCUCAACGACCUGUCGCGGCAGGAGGUCGACGAUGGCUCCUUGCGAUGCUCGGCCUGCAUAGAAAGCCUGGAGAAGCUCAACAACGACACCCCCGAGAGGAAGAGGCACAAGAAGAAGGGCAGACGGGUCAGCGUCGUCAAGGAAGUGGUCAAGGUCAAGGCCCAGAAGCGGAAGCCCCGCGGGCGCAAGAUCAUCGACGACAGCGACGACGAGGAAGGCGACGGCAGCUGGAUUGUCCCCGAGGACCAGCAGGGCUCGCUGCGGCUUGGCAAGGCCGGGGGAGAGGAUGACGAGAAUGCCGAAGGCGUCGGGGAGGAUAUUGGCUCCGAGGACUCGGACCAUCCGUCCGAAACCGAGGGGGGUAGCCAACUCGACAGUUUCGUCGCGAAGGACGACGCCGAUUCCGACGAGGACACGUUUCUGUCGGUGUCUAAGAUCAACUCCCAGGCCGUGCCCUCUCAGGAAUCAGCCGACGCGGAAUCAGGAUCGGACGCCCAAGGUUCGGAUGCCGACGACUCGGGCGUCUCCGCGUCCGAGCUCGCCUCGGAGUCGGAUUCCGACUCGGACGCGCCGCCGUCCAAGCCGGGCCGGCGUCGCGGGCCCAAGGGCGGGAUGAAGGACGCGGGCCACGUGAUGACGUCGGCCAAGAUCCGCGAGCUCAUCUCGGUGGUGGGCAGGGAGGUGGCCGAGCACAAGUUCAUCGUCUUCUCGCAGUUCACGUCCAUGCUCGACCUGGUCGAGCCCUUCUUCCGGGCGCAGCCGGGCUUCAAGUCGGUGCGGUACGACGGCGGGAUGCGCAACGACGCGCGCGAGGCGGCGCUGCGGUCGCUGCGGACGGACCCGCACACGCGCAUCCUGCUCUGCAGCCUCAAGUGCGGGUCGCUGGGCCUCAACCUGACGGCGGCGACGCGCGUCGUCAUCCUCGAGCCCUUCUGGAACCCCUUCGUCGAGGAGCAGGCCAUCGACCGCGUGCACCGCCUCACGCAGACGGUCGACGUGGUCGUCUACAAGAUGACGGUCGCGGGCACCGUCGAGGAGCGCAUUCUCGACCUGCAGAACAAGAAGAGGCUCCUCGCCGAGGCGACCAUCGAGGGCGGCAUGCGGAGGAAGGGCAAGGACGCGCUCAAGCUCGGCCUCAACGAGAUUCUCGACUUGUUCAAGCACGACGCCGCGCCCGGCCCUGGCCUGGGCCCCGGCAGCGGCGGAGACGGGCUCGUGGACAGCGGUGUUGUGGGGCAGGAUGUCGGUGCCAUGAUGAGGGAUCUGUCUAUCAGGAAGAGGACCACGGAGCGGAGCCAGGAGAGCGAGAUCUACGGCCGGCGGUGGUGA